AUGAGAAAAAUAAGAGAGGGGCAGAAAGGAGAGAAAGGGGUGAAAGGGGAGAAAGGGGAGAAAGGGGAAAAAGGGGAGAAAGGGGAGAAAGGGGAGAAAGGGGAGAAAGGGGAGAAAGGGGAGAAAGGGGAGAAAGGGGAGAAAGGGGAGAAAGGGGAGAAAGGGGAGAAAGGGGAGAAAGGGAAGAAAGGGGAGAAAGGGAAGAAAGGGAAGAAAGGGGAGAAAGGGGAGAAAGGGGAGAAAGGGGAGAAAGGGAAGAAAGGGGAGAAAGGAGAGAAAGAGGAGAAAUGGGAGAAAGGGGAUACAUUGGAGAAAUGGGGAAAAAUGGAAGAAGGGGUAAAAAGGGGAGAAAGAAGAGAAUGGGGAGAAGGGGGGAGAAAUGAGAAAAAUGAGAGAGGGGCAGAAAGGAGAGAAAGGGGCAGAAAGGAGAGAAAGGGGUGA